AUGCAGAGAGGCUAUGUGACCAAAUGGCUGGUGCAUCGGAAUUUUGGCUUCCUACAGCCCGAAGGUGGUGGUGAGGAUGUCUUCGUGCACGGCUCGGUCUUGAGGGACGCCACGGCCUUGGCGGCAGGUGACCGGGUGGAGUAUCAGCUGGCAGGCAAGGGAGCGAAUGGCGCCAAACCGACAGCCUCGAGCUGCAAACGGAUCGAGAAGGAUCCGCGGACGGCCUAUGCGUUCCCUUGCGCGGACUGGAUGACUUCAGUGGGGGAGUUCCUCAAGACUGCAGGCGUCGGUGCUGCGGAGCUGGAGCGCACCGCCCAGGUGAUGGCGCCGUUCAUCACCUACAGCUCCGUGCGCUGCCCCUUCCUGGUGAUCUCGCAAGCAGGCCUCUUGGAAGGCAUGCGAGCCCCAAAUGCCAGCGAGUUGUCGAUCCUGCUGAAGUUGCUGGUGGCCUAUGCUCAGGGAUGUGAGGUGCAGCGGCGCUUUCUGCUGGCGGACUUCGAAGGGGAGAUGCUCGGGUACUGUGGUGAGUUGAGCACCGCAGCCCUUUUGGAGACGAAGGUCCUGGACCAAAACCUCAGACCGUUGAGUGCCAACGCCCUGGGCCACGCUCCGUUGGGAUUGCUCAUCGAUUUGCGGAGCACCCCAUGCAUUGAUGCCUUCCGUCCACUGAUGGAGAGCCCAAAGAUUAUGAAAGUGAUGUGGGGUGCUGACGCAGAUUUCGAGAGUUUGCUCCAUCAGGAGAUUCCAAUCCAUUUGAAGAUUCAGCCGCAGGCAGUGACGGACCUGCAGCUGGCCUUUUCCUCUGGGGAUCGGCGCUUGGGCAUGGCGCGGAUGUUGGAGCGAUUGCCUGCUGACCUCAUGAGCCCUUUGCCCGACAAGAAGCAGAUCGACUGGCAUGCCUUUCACUCCCAGAACCGGCGUGCCUUACAUCUACCGAUGUCCUUCAUGGAGGCGACCUAUGCCAUGGACGACUUGCAUCGCAUCGAGGCAAUUCUGGCGACAGUGAAGCCCUCGAGCUCCAGCUACCAAGCGGCAAGGAAGAGCACUGAUGAGGUACUGGCGGAUGUCAAGGCGGAUCCUUGUGGGUGGAGGUCUUUGGAAAGGAAUGAGUGCUUCUACCACAAGAGUUUGGGUGUGAGAAAACUUUCCUGCGCUGUGCGCCUGGUGCGGCACAGCGUCGCCCUGCGGCGCCGCGAGAGGAACGGCUUGGACCUGGGCGAGAAGAAGGAGAAAGCCCAGCAGAUCGAAAAAUGGGCCGCCUCCGAGUUGGCCGCCGCAGGUGUGGUGAUCCCCGAGGACCUGUCCUUCGCGGGCGACGACCUCAACGGGAGCUCCCAGGAGGGCGCACGCAGCGGAACACCGACGGUGGAGGCGCCAGGCACUCCGGAGCGGCGAAAGCCCUCGCCAAGAUCGCCGGGCAACCGCAAAGUCUUCCUUGGACUCGUUUUAUCACUCCUGGUCCUCGUCGCCCUCUUUUGGUGGCUGGGCCGCCCUGCACGAGCCUAG